GGGAGCAAUGAUUUGUGUUAAUAUGACCGCUGGCGUUUGCCUGUCAGAAGAGUGUGUGGAGGCCGACCUGUGGCCGGUCACACUGCGUAAGCAUCGGAGGGCAAAGUUUACUGCACGCUUAUCUGCCGCAUAAGACGCACAGAGAACUGCAAUGUGCAGCGGAAAACCAGGACCGAGAGCAGCUCUUGUGUGAACGUUACCUUGCCCUCCGCCGCACUGAUCCUACCCCCGCAGGAGCCAUGGGUGGAAGUCUGGGUUGCCACCGCUCCAUACCCAAAGACCCCACUGACUUCAGCUGCGGCAAGCGCAAAUUCAGCGCUGCGUGCAACUUCAGCCACAUUCUGGUGAACCAGGAGAGGCUGAACAUUAACACCGCUACCGAGGAGGAGCUCAUGACUCUGCCGGGAGUUAACCGCACAGUUGCGCAGAAUAUCGUGGAGUACCGGGACUGUAUAGGUGGAUUUAAAAAGGUGGAGGACCUGGCAUUAGUGAGCGGGAUCGGGGCCACCAAACUAGAGGUGAUCAAACUGGAAAUAUGCGUUUCCAGCAGGACCGGUUCUUCCCAGCAUUCUCCGUCCUCACUGCGCAAAGACCUGGAUUCCCAGUCCUACACCGGGAUGAACAUUAACACCGCAACUCCGGCGCAGCUCAUGAGCAUUCGAGGUAUCACGGAAAAGAUUGCCAAGAACAUCGUGUCCUAUCGCUCAGAGCACGGCCCAUUCAAAAGCAUCGAGGACCUGGUGAGGGUAAAUAACAUCAAUAGCUCCCUGCUUGACAAAAUCCGCUUCCAAGUGUUCGUGGAGCGCUCCAGGGCACCCUCCACCAACACAAACGGUGGGCUGACCUGCACCACCAAGUGUCACCCAAGCCCGACUUCUUUCAGUCUCAGGAGCGAAGACCUGGACCUCCCACCCGGAGGCCCGACCCAGAUCAUCUCUGUGCGGCCGAACGUGGAGCGCCCGUUAGGGCUGCGGGACGGGAAGCCCGUGGUACGCGUGGCCACCUGGAACCUGCAGGGCUGCUCCUGCGAUAAGGCCAACAACCCGGGGGUCAAGGAGGUGGUGUGCAUGACCCUGCUGGAGAAUGAUAUCAAGUUACUGGCGGUGCAGGACCUGCUGGAGCAUGAGGCUAUCGAAAAGUUUUGUGCAGAGUUAAAUCAUGGAAUGCUCGCCAGUUUACGGAAGUGGAAGUGGCCACGAGGGCUGUGGAAAAGUGUUGUGUCUGAAAAACCCACUGGACACUCCAGCAAGGGAGUGAGCUACUCUGGCUUUUUGUGGGAUAGCUCAUCGGGAAUUGAUCUGAAGGAUUCCCUAGUCUUGGAGUCUCCUGCAGUCAAUGGAAAUGGGAAUCAUGCGUACCCUCCACUCUACCUGGCUCACUUUUUAAUUGGUUCGUGUGAGCUGACAGUGGUGAACAUCCACAUGCCAGCGAUUGCCUCGCCAGGACAGUCCAAUGGCAGAAACCACAGCUCCGAUGAAGCCAAGUGUCAGCGCCUCCCUCCCAGCAUUCAGGGAACACUAAAAGGUGAAAAGGAUCUAGUAGUGUUGGGAGACUUUGGCUGCUCUCCUCAGAGCUCAGAACUGGACAUACUGAGAAAGGAGAAACUCUGUGCCCUGGUACCAUCCACUCAGUUCACCAAUAUCAGCACCUGUUCGCCACAGGGCACCCGCUGCUUGGACAACAUCUGGGUCAGCCGCUCCCUACAGAAGAUCUACUCAGGCCACUGCAUGGUAGUGCGGGAGGGCUUAACGAACCCCUGGAUCCCGGAUAACUGGUCAUGGGGCGGUGUAGCCUCAGAUCAUUGCCCUGUGGUAGCUGAGUUUUAUGCAGAUCUACCUACCAAGGAGCUUAGCAGACCUGGCAUGGCAGUGGUGGACAGAGGAGACAUUCUGCCCAAACACGAGCGGUGACAUCAGCUGCAGCACAGACAGAACUGGAUGACAUCAAAAUGACUUUGUUCCAUCUGGAUUCUGCUUUAUCUUGGAAUGCUGUUAAACAGUUUCCUACAGAAUGUGAAGAAGUGCCAAGAUUGCCUUCUGGGUUUCAGUUUAUCCAUGUAAAGUAGUAUAUGAUAAGUAUUCAAGCCAUAAAAAUGUUCAGAUGAAAAACAUAUAUGUAAGAAAUGUGCCAAACAUUUUAUAUAUGUAUAUAAAAAUAAAGCUACAUUUAUAGAUGUUCAA